AUGGUUAUGAAGGCUACUACUAUAAUGGCAAUCAUGUUUGCCAAUGAAGGGGGAAAACCCCUUGACUGGCAAGACAUUAUAGGCAUCAUUACUUUGCUUCUCAUCAAUUUAACAACUAAUUUCAUUAAGGAAAACAAUGUAGGUAAUGUUGCAGUCGCUCUCAUGGAUCAUCUUGCUCUAAAGAAAAGGUGCUUCGAGAUGGCAGGUGAAACAAGCAAGAGGCACUCGAUCUUGGUUUCACGUGAUAUUAUAAGUAUUAAACUUAAAGAUAUAAUACCAGCAGAUGCUCAUCUUCUUGAGGGGGAACCAACAAAAAUCAAUCAAAAAUCACUCAUGUUCGAUGAAUCUGGAAAUCUCUCGUGUUCGAUGAAUCUAAAAUCUGGAAAUCGACUCCUCCAUGAAUUUGGAAAUCACUUGCAAAGAAGGUCAUGA